CCCGGCUCCAUCUACCGUCUUUCAUACCACCACGUCACCCUAUUACUACGUUUCAGGGGUUGAUUCCUCGGAUUAAAUUCUCUUUUUACUUGUCAACUCUUUCAAGUGUCAAUACAAGUCCCCUGCCUCGUGGCAGCCCGUCAAGAUGGCGAUGCAGCUUGAUCUAUCUCAAGCUUCUGUUAUGAAAGAUGAGCAGGGCCGGCCGUUCAUUGUCGUUCGCGAUCAAGGAAAGAAGAAGAGACAACAUGGCAACGACGCCAUCAAAUCACACAUUGUCGCCGCUAAGACUGUUGCGAACAUCGUGAAGAGUUCUCUGGGGCCCCGUGGUCUCGACAAGAUUCUGAUCUCCCCCGAUGGAGAUAUUACGGUCACCAACGAUGGUGCUACUAUCCUGGGCCAGAUGGACAUCACGAACAACGUUGCGAGGCUCCUGGUUGAGCUUUCGAAAUCCCAAGAUGAAGAGAUUGGUGAUGGAACAACCGGUGUCGUCGUCCUCGCUGCGUCCAUGUUGGAGCAAGCCUCCGAUCUUAUCGAUAAGGGAAUCCAUCCCAUCCGAAUUGCCGAUGGCUUCGACCAGGCUUGUGAGAUUGCCGUUGAGCAGCUUGAUAAGAUCAGCGACACCAUCCCUUUCAGCAGGGAUGACACCUCGAACCUGAUGAAGGUCGCCAAGACCAGUCUGGGUAGCAAGAUUGUUUCCAAGUCCCAUGACCAGUUCGCCAAGAUCGCCGUCGAUGCCGUUCUCUCCGUCGCAGACCUCGAGCGCAAGGAUGUCGAUUUCGAGCUGAUCAAGGUUGAUGGGAAGGUCGGCGGUGCCCUGGAGGACUCGCUUCUUGUCAAGGGUGUGAUCGUGGAUAAGGAUUUCUCGCACCCUCAGAUGCCCAGUGAGAUCUCGGACGCCAAGCUGGCCAUCCUCACCUGUCCGUUUGAGCCCCCGAAGCCGAAGACCAAGCACAAGCUCGACAUCACGUCGGUCGAAGAAUACAAGCGACUGCAGGACUACGAGCGCGAAAAGUUCACCGAGAUGAUCCAGCACUUGAAGAACUCCGGUGCCAACCUGGCAAUCUGCCAGUGGGGCUUUGACGACGAAGCCAACCAUCUGCUCCUCCAGAACAAGCUCCCCGCUGUCCGUUGGGUCGGCGGUCCCGAGAUCGAGCUGAUCGCCAUUGCGACGAACGGUCGCAUUGUCCCUCGAUUCGAGGACCUGAGCGCGGACAAGCUGGGUUCCGCCGGUAAAGUGCGCGAGAUGACCUUCGGCACCACCCGGGAGAAGAUGCUCGUUAUCGAAGAAUGUGCCAACAGCCGUGCCGUGACGGUAUUCGUACGAGGCAGCAACAAGAUGAUCAUUGACGAAGCGAAACGGUCGCUGCACGACGCGCUCUGCGUCGUCCGUAACCUGGUCACGGACAACCGGGUUGUGUACGGUGGUGGCGCUGCGGAGAUUGCUUGCUCCAUUGCGGUGGAAGAUGCCGCUGUCAAGAGCCCCGGCAUUGAACAGUAUGCCAUGCGCGCGUUUGCGGAUGCCCUGGAUUCCGUGCCCUUGGCUCUGGCCGAGAACUCCGGUCUGAGCCCGAUCGAGACGCUUGCCUCGAUCAAGUCGCGCCAGGUCAAGGAGAACAACUCCCGCCUGGGUGUUGACUGCAUGCUCACCGGCUCCAACGACAUGAGAGAGCACUUCGCCAUUGAUCCCCUGAUCGGCAAGCGCCAGCAGCUUCUGCUCGCGACCCAGCUGUGCCGCAUGGUCCUGAAGAUCAACAACAUCAUCAUCUCGGGUGACGAUGACCAAGAGUUCUAGAUUUCUUGAAUCCAGUCUAAUCCUUUCAACGGCGACUGUGGCGUGGCCUGUUGUGUGGUACAUAUAAACUUUUGCCAUAGGUAAUCAUUUGGUCGGUGUCUACAAAAUCAUGGCGGGAUACAUAGAAAAGUCCGGUGCAAUGAAAGAAAUGACAACAAUCGU